UCAACUCGACUUCGUUUUCGGGCAAUCCUUUGGCUUAACGCAACCGUCCUGUAUGUUGUCGGAAAGUUGAACGUAACCGUAAUUGCACUGGCAUCUGGGAGUACCACAGCGUAGGAAAUAGCAAGGAGGCAUAGCAAUGAAGUUACUACAAGUCUUUGGUCCGCAAAAAUUGCUACAUCCUUGGAAUGCGGAGUUCUUCGGACAUGGUUCUGUAAAGUGUCACUGACCGUGGAAAAUAGAUUGAAUACGAAAAAUGACAUUAUUGACAAAAACUUGGUGAAAACAAAUGGAACUGAAGAGUGA